AUGUCGAGAACGUCCGGGAAAUGGACACUCUGGGGUACCUCUGUCACGGACUCCGGGGGUAAAGUAUGGGUCCACUAUGGGGGAGUGUCAGCCGCUCGGCUCAAUUCGGUCGGAGUUUAUUUAUUAUUACCGGUAACUACGAUGGCCUCAUCCUCACAGUCCCUACCCCCAGCUGAAUUACCGACGUCCAUGAUGCAGGCUGUUGUUGUAGAAGGUCGUGAUCGUGGUGGUGGUACGGUGAUUGUGGCUGACGGUGUUGAGGCUAAUGUGUCAGCUAUCACGGGGUGUGCGAAAGACGCCGGGGGCAGGAUGGGCGGGAGGGGCGGGACUUCGGGAGGAAGAAGGUACACAGCCAGUGAGAAUCACAGCUGA